CUUCACCUGCAGGUGGUGCUGCACUACGUGAAGCCUACUCAAUGUCCAGCAUUGCUAACGGAGGAACAUCUGGACGAAAGAGAGACUCCACCUCCGUUACCAGGAAGGAGACGCUUUCGUCUGCUGCUAAGAGUGGAGCAGACAGGAAGAAGGAGACCAGCAGCCAGCGGUCUCUGAUGGAGGAGAUCCAGGAGCGUGAGGAGCCUCCUCGCAUAAAGGACCCGUCCCCCUCUCCCUCCUCCCCCCACCCUCCCUUGACCCCUCAAACCCCCGAGAGACCGGCCCAGUCAGCUGACAGCAGUAAAGGCCACGCCCCUCCCAAAAGGGGGCCCAGCGUGAAGCGGUCCUCAGGUAUGGAGCGGUCCCAGAGCAGCACCUGGGACACUUCAGAGGAGAACAGGAACAAGCUGGUGAAAGCUGCAUCCACCUCCAAACUGCUCGCCAAAGUGGUCAAGAACGCUGACAGGUAUUUACAACAUCUACAAGUAUGCAAAGGUUCUUCCCCGUCGUCUGGAGCCCUAUAGGACUUCACUAGUCCACCACGAUCGGACAAAGUUUAUGAAAACCCGCUUGGUGUGCGUCCUUGGGCUCCCCAGAUGUUGCUAUUCCAGCUGCAGUAUUGAUCCAGAACCCCCCACCACCACCACAACCCCGCCUCCUUUCACUUCCAGCGCUUUCUUCUCGUCUCAUUCACUCCGGUUGAAUUGCAUUUUCCUUUCCCUGCCACUGUUUCGACAAGUCCCCAAGUUGUGAUUGGAUGGCUGGCAAAGGAUACAAGCAAGCCCAUAUGAAAGUGGCGGUACAGAGCAGUGCUCAUGAAAGAGCAAAGCCCCUGCAGGACCAACACGCCGUCCUCUAUAAAGAACCUGCAGAGGUUGGAGAUGUCUCCCCUUUCAGCAUCACUAAAGUAUUAACAAGAUGGCCUGUAAACGGUUGUUGAUAAGCUAGUUGUCCUGUUGUUUGC